GAGCUGUUCCGCGGGACCUCGAAAUGUGAGGCGACCACUCACAGAGCUGGUAGCGUUCGCGUAGAGCACCCAGCAGUGUAACCCGCCCGCAUGGCUUGUGAAGGCCUGCCUUUUGGCUGCAUAUUCCGUCCUAAUCUACGAUGCGGUGCGCGCCAGCCGGUUGCCUGCUCGUCUGCCUCGUCGAAUAAUCGCGCAAGCAGGCUGUGGCUUGCUGGCCAAGAAGAGGUCCUCCAGCUCGAUUGGAAGGUACAUAGGCUGCCUCACUCCCCGCUGCGACAACUCCCGCCCCCUCACUCCCCGAAGCCAGACAAACUUCGCACCUUCAUCAUUCUUCAGUUGCCCCUUCUUUAUCUUAAAGUUCUCUGUCGUCAUUGCUUUCGGCAUCCAUGGCCGCCACUUACAACAACCAAUUCCCGGGCGGACGUGGCUUUCGCCUCCAACGACCGAGCUACGACCUCAACGCCAACCUCCUCGAACUCCACGUCCAGCAAGACAUCAGCCAGCAGCUCGAGCCGGGCGAGCCGGAGCCUUACGGCUCGUCAAGCUACUCAGGCUCGCCGACCCCUCCAACCACGCAGCAGCUGGCGUCGCCUCAGCCUUUCGCAACACAACUGCAGCCUAACGGCUACUUCCACUCGGCGCCAAUCACGAUGCCGCACACAACAGGCUCACCGGUUACCCCUCAAUUCAGUCAUGCGGCCCCUGGGGCGCCGGACUCCGGUGUCCCAUUCGGCAUCGACAUGGAUUUUGGCAAUGCGGUGGUGCAGAAUGGCAAUAGCGGGGUGAGAGCUGGAAACAAUGGGCAUGCUGAGUCAGGAUAGCCUUUGCCGCUUGGAUUGGACUCAACCUGGAUGAGGACUGGGCUCUUCCUGAGUACUUCGAACCAGG